GUUUGGAUGAUUAGUAGUAACUUGUCAUCCGUGUUCAAUCCAAAAAUGUUCAUUACAGCCGGGAGCCGCCAUUGGUGACUUGAAAAGUGUGUAUGUCUUCUUGUUUCGCUUGUAUGUGCUUGCAGCCAUCGCAACUUCCCUUGAUUACCUUGAUUUUUGAGGCAGCGUUUGGGCGUCGAACGGGACAUCUCCGAACUUGUUGUCCUGCUUUGUCUUCUCCUUGGUACAGUUUGAGGCGGUGGGGUGUGCAGCGACAAUUCGACAAACAAACACAGCCCCUAUUUGGGAUCACAUGACAUGUAGGAAAUUGUCUCCUUUUUUGUCUCGCCGUGACGCCCAUCUUCAAAGCAAAGAUGUUUUACUUCCCAAAGUUACCUCAGGAGCUAAUAGAUUCCAUCCUGGAUUUCUUAAUUGACGAACCCCGAUCCCUCAAGGCCUCCUCCCUUGUCUGCCGUUCUUUUCUCCAUCGAACCCGAGUUCAUCUUUUCCGUCAAUUACACUUCGAGAACUUUCGGCACUUCCACAAGUUUCGCAAUAUGUGCCAUUCGUCUCCUCACAUACCUCCCCGAGUCGAGACUUUGGCCCUUCACAGCGGUUGGGACAAUAAAAAAAUGCGAAAUACGAAACAUUUUGUUGCUGUGAUGUCGCUGUUCUCCCACUUGCGAGCGAUAAAGUUCAUUCAUAUCAAUUGGGCGUUGUUGCCCCAGGACGUUCGGGCAGCUCUUUCUUCCCGCGCCUUUCAGUGCAUCAGUUUUCACUGCGUAACCGGCAUCAAGGCCUCCGACUUGUUCUCCCUCGUUUCUACCUCUCGUUCCAUCCUCCACACCCUCAAGAUACACCACACAGAUAUCAUUGGAAGUCUCGAGCAAGACGAGCAGUCUGCGCCUUGUGUGACGAAUCUAACUCUCCACGACUCAGCCCUCUCGCCUGAACUCUUUUGGAAUGACACGUCCUUUCUGUCACCAAGACACGUCCGUACUCUCGACGUGCUGCUGCACAAUAUGUCUGAUAUACACCGCUUUCAAAGUCUGCUCAGCGAAGGGCUGUGUCCCCUGCAAGACCUUGUCGUAUCGCAUAUGCCGCGGAGCAUCGAUUUACUGAACCAGCUCGAAUCUUCUGAUCACCUCCAACUCUCAGGAUUACGAACCGUCACCGUACACAUGUGGGACUACCACUCUGAUAUCGGCGCUGUUGACCGACACCUGCUUGAGUGGUGGAUCGGGAAUCUCAGACAGUGUGAUGAGAUUGAGCGUAUCACCUUUUGUGUUACGCUUGGAGCUAGUACAGGUGACUAUGCUGUGUGGAAGGGCUUCGACAAGUUGUUGUCCGAGCGCAGGUUCUCUGCUUUGAUAUCGGUGGUCGUAGAGGUGAAUGCGACGUGGAUGACGACGGAUGUAGCCUCAGUGACACAGACCAUCGAAAGUCAGUUCACUGAUGCUCGCGUCGAUGUAAUUUCCGGCCGAGAAGGUUGAUAUUCUAUUGUAUGUAUACGAUAU